AUGAAGGUCCUACUGAUGCUGGUGGUGCUGCUCGCCUGCAGUGUGUUCACAGCUCGCGGGAAGCACCCGCGCAAGUUCGCACCGGGACUCGAGGGAAGCACCGUAGGAAAUCUGACUGCCCACGGCUGUUACUCGGCAUGGGGCACCAGGGGCACACCGAAGGCUUCAAUGGACCGGUGCUGCCUGCUCCGUGCCUGCUGCUACGCCAAGCUGGCUGCACGGCGCUGCCCCGUGGGACUGAUCCAGCCCCCCUCGGUGCCCCAGGCAGGAAUCCCCACCUGCAGGUCCGGGACCUGGUGCCAGAGAGGUGCCUGCAGAUGCGAGCGGGCAGCCCAGCUCUGCCGGAUGCGCAGCCGGGGGCUGCUCCGGCGUCGCACCAAGUGCCGGGGACGAGCUGGUCCACUGAAACCUCCCCGGGUGAAGGGUUCCCCCAGCACAGGGCAUCCUGCAGCCAGCGCCUACGGCAAUGCCGAGAGAGACUCGCACACCAAGCGGGACCGAUAG